AUGUCUUCCCUCAACGGUCUGGCUCAGAGCAAUAUGGCUUUUUCCAAUCACUCUCUAUUCAACGUCUCUUCGGGCCCUUUCCGCCUGCCCCUCACGGUCCUUGAAACCGUCUUACCAGGCACCUCCUUGCUCGCUGGCUUUCUCCUUGGAUCCGGCGCUGAUGCGCCGUUAUUGGCCUCUUGGAUAGCCGUCAUUACCGCUGCAUGGGCAACCAUGCGCUUUGGCCUGGCGGCCUUUAUCGACCCUCUCUUGAAUUCCCUUACCUCGUGCGUGGUUGUGGAAGAUUACGACCCUAUCUACAGCCAUGUUCUCAGCUGGGCUAGCGCUCAAAAGCGCCUACAGAACAUACGAUCGCUUCGAACGCAAACUGCAGGGCAAUACUAUGAGGCCUUUGCUGAUGGCUUCGAGGAGGACGACGACAACCAUCAACUGCAGCUUCGCGAGACCAUGUCAGAGGAUCUGAUCUUCAACUUCAACAGUUGGGCUGCCCGUGCUCCGCCGCAAUAUCGACCCCACUCCUCCUCGGGUUGGUUCCUGCAUGACUACCGCCUGUUCCGGCUGUCCAGGAAUCGUGAUCGUGUUGCCAGCGAGAUAGGAUUUGUCUAUGAGAAAGAGCGUUUGGAUAUCUCAGUUCUCUGGCUGUCCCCCAAGCCCAUCAAGAAGUUGAUUGAAGAAGCCCGAGAAUUCGUCCUUGCCCGUCGAACAUAUACGACCACGAUCAAACGUCCGGCGCCAAAAUCGCAGCGGAAUUCCCGUCCCCAGGCCUGGACGACGAUGGCAAGCAGACCAAGUAGAUCUAUGGCGACUGUUGUGCUGGACAACUAUCAGAAGGCCCACAUUCUGACAGAUUUCAACGAAUUUCUCCACCCGCGGACUGCACGAUGGUAUAGCAAUCGAGGUAUACCGUACAGGCGAGGUUAUCUAUUCCAUGGUCCCCCUGGAACCGGCAAGACGUCGCUCUCGUUUGCGCUGGCAGGGGUGUUCGGGCUUGACAUCUACUCAAUUGCGCUGUCCGAUCCAUCGCUCACAGAGGAAGACCUAGUCUUACUCUUCAACAGCUUGCCCAAGCGCUGCAUCCUCCUCCUUGAAGAUAUCGAUACGGCUGGCCUGGGUCGGGCCCCAGGUACCAGGCGCGAGAGCAAGUCGAUCGCCAAAGACGGGCAGAGCAAACGAGAUUCACUCUUGCAGGAUGUGGAAGAAGAGGAGAUUCAGAGCUCCGGUACCCCUACGGCCCCAAAACCGAAUCUGCCUCAUGCAGUCGCAAAGGAACCGACCUUCAAGAACACAGUCACUCUGUCAGGUCUGCUGAAUGCUAUAGAUGGCGUCGCAUCUCAAGAGGGCAGGGUGCUUAUCAUGACCACAAACCACCCGGAGAGGCUGGACCCGGCCCUGACUCGGCCAGGCCGAGUAGACUUGUCCAUCAAGUUCGAUCUAGCGAACAGGCAACAAGUCAAGGACCUUUUCAUGCGCAUGUACUGUGCCGAUACUCUGGGGAUGAUAAAACAGCCUACCAAGAUUAGCCACAUAUUACCGAACGAAGGCGCACCUGGAGAUCAGAAUGGUCAAGCGUCCAGUAUUGGCACUGAUGGUGGGAAUGAACUUCGUGUGCACAGCGACAAGGAAGGCGACUCUGCUCCCCCACUCAUCUCCCAGCUUGCCGACGAGUUCGCAAAUGCUCUGCCCGAUCGAACCUUUUCGCCCGCGGAGAUCCAGGGAUUUCUCCUCGUGCGAAAGGGAGACCCUCCCCAAGCCCUGGCGGAUGUCGCUGCGUGGCGAGACGGGCACUUGCAGAAGAAGACGAGUCACACAACCGAGGGCAUCGACGAGCGCAGGGCUGAACCAAAUGGCUUGAACGUCAAAGCGGAAAGUAGACCUUCGAUUCCUCCAGAGAAAAACAGCGCCAGUACGACGAAAGCGACAGAAAGACCAGCUGCGGCUCGCGUGAAUGGCCCUUCACCUGCGUCCAGUGACGGACCGGUAGGCAAGACAACAGCAAAUGCUUCCAACAACGAUGCCCCAGAACUUAGUGCCCUGCCACCGACCAAAGGCCCCAACGACGCGACGGCCAUUUGUGAGACUUCAAAGGCCCCUCACGCCAAGAUGAUUUCCAACACGGAAGCACGUAGAGUCGAGACACAUGAUCGAGCAUCACUACCCCAGCACGAUUUGCCAGGCUACCUGGGCGUGGAAACCGAGGCUGGUGAUGACAAUGACGAGCAUCGGCCCAAUGACGGGAUCACGCCCGGCAAUGGCAUUGACCAUAAUGACCAGGGAAACGACGACGACGAGGAGGACGAUGAUGAUGACGACGAUGAUGACGACGACGACCAUGACGACCACAAUAACCACGACGGCAGGCCGACGACCCACCCAUGGUUCACUUCCCCCCGAGGUGACUCCCGCAGCGUCUUUGGCCCAUCGCACAGAAUGUAA